AUCCACGAGUAUCUGUGAUAUUUAUUGACCAGUUUCACAAUAUCGCCUUGCUAUGGUUUAUUUACUGUGUUCUAGAGUGACAUACUCGCUCGAUUUAGAUUACAUCCACAAUUAUAUAUACAAGGUUCAAGGAGUCUCCUAUGAUAUCACUUUGUGUAUCCAGUCAUCGACAGAAAACAGAAACAUGACGUCAGCGGAAUAUGUGUACGAGGAUGGGAAGUUUGAAGUUACUGAUAAAAUGAAGGAAGACUUUGACAAUUAUGGCUAUAUAAUGGUCAGAAAACUUCUCGAUACUGCUGAAUUACAAAAGGUGAAAGAGGUGCUAGAGAACAGCGAUGAAAUAACCAAACACGCAUAUGGCCUUCCCGAUGGGUCAGGGAGGGAGUGUAAAAUGGUCCUGUGGAGCCACCCAGGGAAUGACGUCACGGGAAUGGUAGUGCGCUGUGAAAAAGUUGUCGAUACCACAGAAAAGUUACUUGGAGGAGAGGUUUACCAUUAUCAUACAAAAUUCAACAUGAAAGAACCACAAACGGGCGGCAGUUUCUUAUGGCACCAAGAUUAUGGAUACUGGUACAAGAAUGGUUGUCUGUUCCCAGACAUGUCAACAGUUUUCCUGGCAAUAGACAAGUGCAACAAAGCCAAUGGCUGCUUACAGAUCUUGCGAGGUUCACACAAAUGUGGAAGGAUUGAACAUUUGAUGAUUGCGGGACAGACCAGAGCUGAUGUAGACAGAAUAAAAGAAAUUGAAAAAAUGUGUCCCAUGGAGUACGUGGAAAUGGAAGCUGGUGAUGCCCUGUUCUUUCACUGUAAUUUAUUACACACCAGUGGCCCUAACAACAGUGACUUAAGGAGAUGGGCAUUUGUUACAGCAUACAAUACCAAGGCCAAUAACCCUGUCAUUCCCCAUCAUCAUCCACAGUACACUCCCCUGGAUAAGGUGCCAAAUUCUGCCAUCAGAGAUUGUACCAAUAUGACAGAUAUGACUGGAAAGGAGUUUUUAAACCCAGCAAUAGAUAAAACUGUCAAAGCUAGAGCAUAAAAAUAGAGCUGGACACGAAAAAAAAAAAAAUUGUAUAACAGUAUUUCAAAAUGGAUAUAAAACCUGGUAGCAAAAUAAAAUAUUUGCAUGCCA